AUGAAAGUAAUACAACAGUUUAGUGGACGUCGUGUAAAAUCAAAACAUGUCAAUUCGGCAGGCACAAGUGAUUCAUCGUCUGAUAAUACUGUACCAUCGAUAAAGAAAAAAUCUAGACAAACAUCAUUAUCAAUAAAUGAACAACGUCGAACAAAUUCAAAUGAUAAUUUAACAAAACGUUCUCAAUUACGAACAUCUCGCUAUCGUUUGGAAUCACCUCAUAAUGAUUUAUCCGAUGAUUCACUAUCAAAUUCAUCCGAUGAUCUUAAUCGUAAACGACGACCACGAUCAGCAUAUUAUAAUCAUGAUACUUAUGAUCAAAAUUUAAAACGAUCAUCUCGAUUUGAAGCAACAAAUAAAUUAGAUAAUAGUUCAUCAGUAUAUCUAAUUGAAUUUAAUCAAUAUGGUUUAACAAAAACUCUUGUAUCUGUUUGGAAAACACCUUAUAAAACAUAUGAUGAUACUGACUCAAUUGUACCAACAAUUUAUCCACAAAUAUCUAUUGAACAAAAUUCACCGGUGAUCACUAAACAUCGUUUUAUUUCAACUCGUCCAUCACGUAAUAUUUUACUUCAACGAGGUCGAUCAGAUUAUUGGAAUAAUUAUACAACGUAUAAAUGUGAAAAUAUUUUACCAUCUUGUCAAACAUACACCGGUUCAGCAUCAAAUCUUUUACAAGAUUGUUCAUCAUCUCCUCAUUUAUCAUCAUCAUUAUCUAAUGGUCAAGUAAUAUCUAUUACAAGUUUAAAACGUAUUCAACCAUCAUUUUUAAAUCAAAAUGAUUAUGUUAAUUGGAAUAUUGAAUCAAAUGGACGAAAAAAAUUAAAAUAUUCAACAAAAUUUCAGUGGUUGAGUGUAGAUAAUUUAAAUAAUAAUGAUGAAAAGAAAAAACAACAAAAACGAAAGAAAAAACAACAACAACAAAAUUUAAUUAUGUUAGAUAAAUGUUUAACUGAAAAUACCGAUAGUAAUAAUACAUCAACAAGUGAUAGCUCAAAUCAACGAUCAGCACCGCCUAUUCUUACUACAUCAAAGACACAAUCCCUACUAAAUGAAUGGCCAUUACCUCGUCGACGAUAUAAACUUUUACCUACAACAACUAAUCAAAUGAAAAAACCAAACAAUGAUAUUAACAAUCUAAGAAUUAGGAAGGAAAUAAAUCCUAUGUGGAUGAUGAAACAUUUGACCGAUCGUUCAUCAUUUAACCAUCUAAUUUAUUUACUGGUAGAUAAUCAAACAGAAUGGCAGAAAAACCGAUUAAGUCUACCGAGACUUGAACAACGAGAACAAGAAAGAGAAACAAAUAUCCAUGACACGGAACAUGAUCGAGUAUCAAGACCAAUAUCACCAUCAUCUAUCGAAAUUCAACAACAACAAUUAGAAACACAAAAAUUAAUUGAUAUCGAUACGGAAUAUCCAAUGUUUCAACAUAAUAUCAAAGGAACAUCUUCACCUAUAACAAAUGAGACAUCAAAUAUUGAAAUAAAAAGUAGUCAUGAUUUGAAGCUGACAGGUUCUUCUUCAUCAUCCGCAACAUCAAUCUCUUCACCAUCUUCAAAACGAAAAAAGUUGGCAAUUGAAGGACAAAUUAACAAUAGAAAUGAUACAGUUGUUUAUGAGACAAGCUUAAUUGAAAUGAAUGAUCGUCGCUCUCAAUCUGUUGAUGAUAAUAUUCAGCAAAACAAUCUCGGCGUAUCUUAUGCAUCCACAGAUGAAGAUGUUGACGAUUUAAAUUCUCAGUUAUCUACAAUUGACUCUGUUGAUCCGGUUGUAACAAUAUCACCCACAUCCACGCUGCGUAAUUAUCGAGAAAAAUUAGCAGUUCGACUUAAUGCUAGCCAAAUGACGACUUCUCAGAGUAGUGAUCCACCGUCUGUCUCAGAAAAUGGCUUAAUGACCUCAUCGUCUAUAGCAGCAACACCAUCACUAAUAUUACAACCAAAAAUCUCCAAUAAUGAUCCUAUUUUAUCAUCCUUUCGUUCACGUAUAUUUUCCUGUGAAUAUAGUACACAACAAGAUUCAGGUGUCGAUGUCAAUAGUGAACUGGGUACGCAUUUUAAUUCCACAUUCACGAUUCAGGAACAAAAUACGAACGAAAAUACAGAACAAAUAGAUGUAUCGGAUAAUUUAUCCGUUUUGCCCGAUGAUUCAUUGUACAAUGCUGACAAACAGAAUAUAAGUAAACUAGAUAUCGCGACAAAAUUAUUGAAACCAUCUCAUUUCUUACGACAGUCAUUAAAUAUUGAGCAACAAUCAGAUGAUGACAUGCGAAGCUAUUCAACGGCUGUUUGUGAUGGAACCCGUACAAAUACGUUUAGUGAUGUAUAUUAUUCAGCUGAAAGUGAAAUUAAUACGAGCAAUAUAAUGGAAUGUUCAUCAGUAUCUAUGAAAGAUGAUGAUGAUGAUGAAGAAGAAGAAGAGGAAGACUGUCUAUACCAUUCGACAGACGAAAACACAACAACAAUUACUGAACAAAAAACUUAUACGGAUUUUAUUGAAAUAGAGAAUGUCCAGAAUAGUAGCAGUGAUGAUGAAAAUGUUGAAGUAAAUUCUUCAGGACGUAUUUCACCAGUGGAUACCAAAAUUCCAGAAAAAUAUACGGCUUAUUUUGAUUCAUUUGGCGAUUGGAUUGAUAAAGUGUUUACCACCUUUUUAAAUGAAACAAAUGAAUUGUUUAAUACAGAAACAAAACAGCCCAUUGAACAGGCGAACAGUGAUGUAACAAUGACGUCUUCUAAUGACAAUGUCCUAGAACAAAAACCUUCAAUUAUCAAUGAUAAUGUUAUUAUCAAACAUAAUUUGAAUUUUAGUGGUGAUGGUGAUGAUAAUGAACAAUUAACAAAUGAUAAGAACGUUAAUGAUGAUAUUGAAUUAAUGAAUUCAUCGCUUUCAUUAACAACAGUUACAAAACAUCACCAAGACUUUUUUGAAAAUGAACAAGAACAAGAACAAGAACAAUUUAUGGUGUCAUCAACAUUAACAAGUCUCGAUGGUGAUGAAUUUCCAAUUGUGGUAGUUCCAUCAACUGAUUUUCUCUCAUCUGAUUCAUCAAUCUUGUCCAUUCAUAUGUCUUCACUACAGCAUCGUCAAGGACGUCGACGUACAAUGUCCGAAUCAUCAUCAUUAAUAACAGUAAUAGAAAAUGAAGCAUAUAAAAAUAAUCGCAGUAUAUCAUCAGCGAAUACAAACAGUACGGUGAUUAUCGAUACAUUAAGAAAACAACAUCGUCGUUGUCAAUCGUGUCCAACAACAAGUGACUGUUUGUCUACGAUUGAUCAUAAGUCAAAUAACGGUCAAAUAAGUGAAGGCAAGUGUAACAGCUAUAUGUCAGAUUCAACCAUAAUAAAAACAACAAAUGACGAUGAUAUUGUUGAUUUUGAUGUUUAUUCCAUAAAUCGUUUCUAUGAAAAAAUUAAUCAAGACCCACAAGAUACCACCUAUACAUCAAAUUUAAACAUAUUAUUAAGUCAACAAGAACAGCGAAAUAAUAAACGUAUUAUUAUUGAACAAGAAAAAGAUAAUAAUGAUCACAAACAAAAGCGAACAAAAUCUUUUGAUGAAAAUCACCGUAAAGAAACCAUUAAGAAAGGAAAAAUAGUUUUAAAUUACAAAUUCUCAAAUGAUUUGAAUGUUUUAUCAGCGUGCAUUGAUAAGCGCAAUCAUUAUGUGAUAGAUAGGCAUACGUUGUCCACAAUAAGCAGUAAUGUUGUUAAAAACAACAAUAACGAUAAUAACGAAAUGAAAAAUGAUCUUGCUGUUGAUUCUACAAAACAAAAAGCAGAAAAUGAUGGAAAUGUCAUCAUCAAAAUGACUAGUAGUGAAAAAUCGGCCAGCCCAAUAUUAACGAUAAACACAGUCAAACGUUUAGAAGAACAGGUAAUCAGUGAUAGUCAAAUAAAAACAAAAAUAUCGAUGGAGCAAGAGAACACACCAAACACAGAUGAUUCAUCAUCAUCCUACUCUGUUUAUGAAGAAUUCGAACAUAUUCAAGUUACAUCGGUCAAUCAACCAAUUAUUCGUCUAUCAGUUAACAAUCAUGAUAAUAAUAAUAGUAGUCAUGAUUCAUUGUUACAAGAUGAAAAUCAACUGCCAUCAUCAUCAACACAACGAUUACAUCGAUACAAUGAAAAUAAUGAUUCAAUGUCAUCAAUAUCUUCCAAAACUAAUUUUCAUUCCAAAGAUUCGGCACUCGGUUUAUCUGAUGAAAAUAUUCAUCGAACCGAACAAGUAACUGAUAGAACAGAUAACAAUACUGAAAAUAUGUAUACAUCUGCAACAACAAUAAAUCUUCGUAAUUCAACUACAGCGACAGAUGAUCAUUGUCAGUGUUUAUUGAAACACGACUUAACGGGUUUGUUUAAUUACCGACUAAGAGACAAUGUCACAAAACAAGGAAAUUUGUACAACAAAGACGAAACAAACAUAAAUGAAAAUGAUGCGAGUAGUAAAAUAUCUUAUCCGGAUAUAAGGCCAACAGUAACAACAGAUACAACUGUUGGGGAUUUGAAUAUUAAUGAUUCUACAACAAUGAUUUACAAUAAUAAUGAUGAUAAUUCUACGCAUGAUGGACGAGCAAUAUCCUCAUCAUCAUCCGAACAAUUAAUACCGAAAGAAAAAACAACCGGCAUGUAUUACAAAGCAUUUGGGAGUGCAGCAGCUCUACAGUUAGCUCAACAAUAUCGUUGUGAAUGGAUUCAAGAUUUAAAUUCUCCCCAAAGACCAAUAAAAUCUUUUGAAAAUGAAACUUUACCAACAGAAAUAUUAGAGUCGAACGAUGAUGAACAAAUGAGAUCAAAAAAUCCGAUUAAUAUAAUUCAAUAUAGCCUGUCGCAAGAAAUUGGUGAUUCAGAUGAAUUUUAUUUAUCACCGUGUUUAACAACAUCGUGUUCAUGUCCAAAUUUAUUAAAUUAUUUGGAGAGUGAAUUUAAUACGAAUGAUGCUGAUCAUUUUCAUACGUUAAAUAAUUACGAACAUUCCCAUUCGUUAAGUGACCUAGACCAGUAUAAUAAUAAAACGAUAACGAAAGAAACGCUUGAACAAAUAUGGUUUUCAUUGUUAAACUUGGCCUAUAGUGAAAAAGAUGAUUUUGAAUUAACCGAAUAUAAACGGAGACAUAUUGCCGGUUUAUCUGGUUCUUAUACAAAUAUCGAACCAAUUAUAGAAAAAUCUCGUAGUCACAAUGAUAUUUGUCGUUAUUCGAAUUCAAAUUCAAAAACGAUGGCUACAACAACAAAAUCCAAAUCAUUUGAUGCCGGUACUUUAUUACAACGAAGUCAAUAUGCACCCGAUCAACAGCAACAACAAGACGAUAAUAAAACAUCAAAUCAAGGCCUACUCGAUGGAGCACCAAUCACCACUAUGGAUCCAUUUGAUUUUUAUCGUACAACGCCCUUCAAUCAAACAAGAAGAAAUGUUGAAGAGACAAAUAUUGAGAGAACAAGUCCUUCUGAGCCCAUUGCUGAACCAACUGAUGAAAAGUCAAUAUUAUUAUUAUCAACCACGCAGCAAAAUUCAGUAGAAGGAGAAGCUGAUCGUAUCUCAGACGAUAGUAUUGAAUCAUUUGAAGAAAGUAAUCCAAACAUAAUUGAGAAAGAGAAACAAGAGAAUAAUACAAAUGAUAUUGUAAAUAUUACACAUGUUGAACACGAAUAUGUUGGUUCACCAUCUCAAGGUUUUAUGUAUGAUGAUUUUCCAGAUUAUUUUACUAAUACUAUUAGAUCAUCCCAAACAAUUGAUGUGUCUAGUCAACAACAACAGUCAGAAAAAUCUUUUAACAGUUAUUUGUCAAACCCAUCUCUAACCAAUGAACCAUUUCCACACAUUACUCAAUCUGAAACUGUCGAUUUAAAUCAGUUUUUACCUUCAACAACUCCUUUAUUGAAUGAAAAAACACUAUUAGAUAACAAUAGUAGUGGUAGUACUAUUCUUGACGGCGAUCUGUCGCCCAAACCAUUUACAAAUGAAAAUAACAAUGAAACGACAAAUCUAAUACAAAAACUACUAUCAAAUGCUUUAAAUAGAAAUACUUCAUCUUCUUCUUCAUUAUCUCCUACGACGUCAAAAAAUGAAACAUCAGAUGAUGGAAAUCAGUUCAAUUAUGUGUUUCAUUAUCCAAAUCAACAUCGAUUUUUAGACGAUGAUGAUAUGAGAGAUGCCGAAAAUGAUUUUAUGCUUGAUAGUCAAUAUUUUACAACGGCCGAAAAUGACAAAGAACUACCAGAAUUUGGAGGUUUUGAUAGUGAAUAUGCGUCAGCUGCUCACGAUGAAGCAGCUGUUUUGGCAAUGGCAACGUCAAAUAUUAGAGAUACCUAUACAGAACUGGCACUAUUUCGUCCCCAUUCACUGUCAACAAUUCCAAGUUCUCGUGCAUCACAGUAUGCAUCCAGCGUUGACAGUGAUGAUGUAUUUGAACGUGAUAAAAACUUGAAAAAAGAUGUUAAUGACAUACCAUUAGAUACCACCCAGUUGCACCAAAAAAUCAGCUACGAAGAAGAAGAAGACGAACGUGAAGAGGCUGACUCAAAUAUAUCAUCACCACAAUCGAGACCAUUAUCUUCGAUUCAAAGUAGACCGACCACACCUGAUUAUAACAGAGAACAACAGCAAUUACAAUCAAAAGAAGAACAGCCAAAACAUUCUCACUAUUAUAAUAUUGAUUACGAAGCAUGGACUAAAUCAAUAACUGAUCAACCAGCAUUUUACGAUUUAUCUGUCAAAUACGAGGAUGAUGAACUAGAAAUUGAAUCAAAACAUAAUGAAAUAUUUACUAGAACGACGCUAUUAUCGCCAACGACUAUUAUCGAUUCUAUUGUUUCGAUACCGGAUGAAAUAUCGACUGUUUCAUUUAAUCAUACUGAUAAAAUUGAAAUAAUUCCAUCAACCAUAAAUGUACAUGCACAAAAAACAGAUACAUUAUCUAUCGUUGACAGUGAUAAAAAUAAACUUGAUCGAUCUUUAUCGUACUAUAUUGAACGGUUACCAAUAAACGAGAACGAAAAUUUACAUUCAGGCUCCGAUUAUAUCACUGAUUCAAAUAUGGAAUAUCAAAAAUCACAGGAAAUUGGUUCUGCACCCGCAACAGUUGCACCGGAUACCUCUUCAACACGUACCAGUAUGUCAUCUAUCCAUGAUACUCACUUAGAUCCGACGGAACUUGCCUAUCGUUUAUCACGUUUAAGUGGAAAUACAUCAUCAAAUUUAGCUGAAAAUACAAUUCAUAGUCCACCUAAAAAGACAUUAGCAGAUGAGUUGGCUGAAAUAGGCGAACAUCCUCGAACAUCAUCACACAUGCAAGAUAAUGAUUCAUUAGAUGGUGAAUUAUUUGAUUUAGAACAGCAGUUUUUCGAUGGUGAUUCUCUCAAUCAUACACCUCCAUCACGGCCUAGCGAAAAUGUUUUCCUGUUACAGCCAACGACAACAACAACGAAUGAUUCCAUACAAGAACUUUUUGGUAUUGCUCAAGCAGCUAAAAGUCGUGCUGAAGAAAUAAAAGCAAAAAAACAGAUAGCAGAAGAUCUCAGUUAUCAUUUGAAAACAUUUCCAUUACUAGAACAACAACAAGAACAUGAAUCAAUCAAAAUUAGUCCGACAAUAGAAACAAACAAUGAACUAAAUUUUGAUUUUGUUAAAGGUAAAAACACAGAAGAAAUAAUUGAAAGCGAAAAACAAAAGCAUACAGAAGAAAUAGUAGAAGUGUAUAGUCCGACCGUUGUGCAACAACCAUCACCAUCCGCAUUAUUUCACUUGUUUGAGUCCGAAACAGAAGGCGAAAGAAAUGAAAAAGAAAAAAAUAUAGAAUCAGAAGUACAAACAGACAGCCAGAAUAUAGAAAAUUUGAUUUUAAUAAAAAGUCAAAUUCUAUCAUUGCCAUUUGAUGGUGAGAAGAAAAUUACUUCUUUUACAUCGACAAAUAACGAUACACCUUUAAUUAAACAAACUGAUGAUCUAAUCGAUAUUUCACCAGUAUAUUCUAUAAAAACCUCUGAUGUUAUUUAUACAACUACAACGGCAAAAAUAGAACCAGAGAUCUUCGACGAUAUAAUCACACCUGAAUCGAAUAUCAGUGAAUUAACAACGAUUGUGAGACAAAUGGAUUUUACUUCCUUGCCGUCUGUUCAUAACUUAACUUCAAUUGUCAAUGAUAUACGUAAAAGUAUUAAUGAAAAACCACCACAAAUCAAUUCUCUGGUACCUAUCGUGAAUGAUACAUUGAAUAGAAAAAAUAUUGACGAAUUAACUAGAAUCAAACAUGAUAUAUUUGAAAUUAAUAAUAAUAAACAAUUUACAUUGACAAAUAAUUUAGAAUCUAAUAUAUAUGUUCACAAAGAACAACCGCUGGAUAAUUUAGUCAACAUUGUCAAUCAAAUACAAAAUAAUACUGUGAAAUCGGAUAUCUUGUCUUCUAGCAUUCAGCCGAUAGUAAAAAUUCUACCUGAAAGUGACAACACAAAACUAUCGUCAUCUGCUAUGUAUGAUCACCUUACACAAUCAAAAUCAGAUAUUUAUACAACUCAUAUUCCAUCGCGAUCAAGGUCAACUAGAUAUUCUAAUAACAAGGAGAACGAAGAAGAACGAGUGUUGUCAUCAACGAAAUCGCAAGAAUCGACGCGCCUUUCAGCGACCACCGAAGAUGUGGAACGACAACAAAAACUGUUAAUUAGUCCCGACAUUCGAAUACCAUCAACCACUGUUAGCGAUUUCACGCAACACCCAUCAGCGUAUCGUACAAAACCUAGUGUUGAUUCAACAACAUUCAACACAAAUUCAUACGAACAAAAGUUGAAUAGUAAUAUUUCAAAUCGUAACAACGUCCCAACACUACCAUCAUCUAUGUUUCAUGUUCCUUUAAUAUCACGAUACAGUAGUCUCUCGUCACCUCCACGUGGAUUAAGCGCACCUGCAUAUCCUGGUGAACAUUUACUGCGCGAUCCCUAUCGCCAUCAAUUUCAAACACAACGAAUUAACAAAGUAUGUGAUUUAGAAAUAGUUAAGCAAGGUAAAGGUUUCAAGGUUGGCUAUGUAGAUAGAGAAGGCACAGAUCAACGGGUGAUAUUAACGAAACGCUUUGACGCUGGGCCAGACAUAAUGGCUAGAAAACCAAAUAUACCAUAUAGAGGACGAAAGAUUUUAAAUCAAGUUUUGAGUGGGGUACUGCAUACAAAUGGCAUCAGUUCGUUACAAGAGGAUACGAAAUAUGAACGCUUAUCCGACGAUAUCGAAGUGCCAACUAUUGGGACAAAUCCAAAACAUUUUGAUGAAUCCGAUAUGAUUUCGAUUGAUAUAGACGGGCCAUCCACAAUGCUCAAUUCUAUUUGUGAGUCGAUUGUUAUUACGCAAGGGUCUGUCUACAUUGACAAUGGCGUUCAAAAGUCGAAAGAACGUGUAAAAGGAGAACAGAAUGCACAACAUACAUCGCGACAACCGAGCCAAUACGAAACGAGCAAGACAGCAAAAGCAUCCUCUUCAUCUUAUAUUCAUGAUAGACGGGAUCAAGAUCAUAUGUUUAAAAACUGGUCUGAUAAAAACGAACACCAGCUAUCAUCAUCAAAACUUGACCAUAUCGUUGUAGAUAAACGUGAAGCAUCUAUUGUUGAAGGAGAUGGGUAUUCUACGCCGAUUCGGCCAAAAAAGGAUAAAGUUGAUGUUGUCGAAAGUUGGCAUGAUCACACAGUAUUUGAAGGAGAUCAUACUGCAAAUUGGAGAAGUCCUGGACAGUCACAAUGGUCGUCUACCACAACGAAGCAACGUUCAUCGUCUUCACAUAAUAUACCAUUAACGGCAAACAGAUCAAUACAACCAUCUUCGACUGUUCAACAUUUCAUCAGUACAGUGAAUCAUCCAGUUCAGACAGUUACAAUGAGAUCAUCAAGUCCAACGAGAUUUUCCACAAAAGCUAUCUAUGAUGUACCUGACGAAUUUAAUUGGAAAAAUUCAGAUUUAUCUAGCACAUCUCUCGAACCACCGAUGUUUACCAUUCCUAGAAAGCAAAAUAAGAACAGAGAUACAGCUGAUUCACCAAUUAAAGAUCUACUAACCCCGCCUCGUCCUCAGAAACAGUAUCACACGACCAGUACAUCUCCAAUAACUGUACCGUCAACUACUACAAUUGAUCGUAGCUGCCAAUACAGCCCACCAAUGAAAAUCGCUUAUCAUGAUCUCGGCUCACAGUGUAAUAUUGAUGAUAUUUAUUCGCUGCAACCACGCAUCAGUUCUAUUAAUUCACAAACUCAAGUGUACAUCGCCGAUAUACCCGGAUUGACGGCAUCAUUUGGAGCACAAACAAUUGCUAAUGAGAACAAUAAAAAGAGCGACGAUAAUCCGUUGAAAGCUGAUGGAGCAGCACUUGAUGAUUCAGGAUUUGCCACGUCAACGAGAAGAACAUCACAAUUUUCUCCUCCGUCAUCGGAUACUUUGGAUAUGUCAACAACAGCAACAGAUACAAUAAAAACAACACCGUGGAUAUCCAGCAAAGAAUUUAUUUCUAAAUUAGAACAAACAAAUAGAACAACAAAAUCAGAAUCGAGUGUCAUCGAUCAACCUCAACUUUUGACUGCUAGUCAAUAUACAAAUGAUAAUUACUACUUGCUGACUGAUUCUGAAUCAAAAUUUCGAGCUACUGAGCAACGAAAAUCACCGUCGACUGUACAACAACAAAUAAUAUCAAGGAAAAGUACUUUAACUAAGCAUACUCAACCUACAGAUGAAGAUGCGGAUAUCAGCUCGGCGGAUAGUCCAUUGAGAGUACAGCAACAACAGCAAUCGACUGAUAUUGAGACCACACCAAAGAAGAAAAAAGAUUUUCAAGACUAUGCAUUACGAACAAGUGAUGAGAGUGAUGUUGAACGAUUAAUAGCGAAAACAACUUUUCAACCAUCACGUAUGAAUAAUCUAACAACAUCGGACAAACCACGUUAUCAUUAUUCAGAGCCCGAUUUGCUUAAUGAUGACACAUCACCCGGCAGCACUACUACAUUAAAUACCAGAUCAUCACAUGUUGGUGCUCAAAACAAUGCAUUAUCUGGUGCUAAAUCAAGUGAACAAAUGGAUGCUGGUAAAUGGAGUAGUAGUACAGCAGCUAAUCAACGUACAUCAUUAGAACGUAGUGGUGAUUCAGGAAUUCUCAACGAAACAUUUGUGGACGAUGUUGUGAUGACAACUAACAAUACUCAAACAUUUCGAAAUCGCCGAAAAUUGGCUAAUUUUGCCUUGCAAGUCGACAUUAAAGGUUCAUCGUCUGAUAGCGAAGAAUUUUCCGAGAAUCUAAAUGUCACACCUUACAGUCAACGACGUUCGACAUCAAAUUUAUUAGAUACAUCCUCAUUAUCACGCAAACGAACAUUAACAGCUAGCCCACAGGCACAGUCCACCGCUACUAAUUUAAGUAGAACGGAGAGUACACCAAACGUAAUAAUUGAGACAUCACCUAUGUCAAAGGAGGAAAACGGACAACCUCUAUAUGAGCAUCAAAGUGAAUUAUUAAUACAUGCUCCUAGACGUCAUCGUUCAUCUACGCAUCACGCAAAUAUUCGUCUUAAUAACGAUCGUAAUUCUAGUCUUCGUAUCCAAAUGCCAACAACAACCGACGAUUUUUCUUCUCGUCAUCAUCAUACACGAAAUAAUCAACAGCCAGUGAGCUAUCGUGAUGUUGGCACAUCAGCUGGUGAACUAGAACGACAAAUCGAUGCAUUACGACGUGAAAGAGCUCAUAUACUCGAUUUACUAUCGUUAAAUUGGGAUAGAUCAAAAAUAUGGGUAGAACUUACCGAAGCAAAAUUGAAUUAUAUCAUUGGCGAAACAGACGCUUUGUUACGCUCACUCUCAUUCGACACAACACCUAUGGAUACGGAAAAUGUUAAAAUAAAAAUGCACCAAUACGAAGAAGAAAUGGCUGCAUUAACUCGACAACGUUUAGCUGUUUAUCGACAACGUUUGGAAGAUUCGAAAAAGCAAUUAGACAUAAGAAUAGGCGAAUUGGAAAAAGAAAAAUCGUUAAUGCAACAAGCUAUUACGAAUAAACGUGAUUACUACAGCCGUCGACGUCAGCAAGCAACAUCAGCUAUCGAUGCAUCAUCAUCAAUUACAUCCAAUCAAACAACACCAACUACAACAAGCGUUAUUGAUCAGUCACAAACACGACACUCGCAAGACAUUCAUUCUACUAAUUCAGCAGCGUCACAACCCACAUUAGUUCUAAAUGGUACUAAACGUCAAUCCUUUUUGAGUAGUAGUGCAGAAAAUUUGAGUAAUGUUCCACUCCAAGACACAGUUGCAAGUCAUCCCCAUUUAUUAGACGUAUCAUUUCUUACACCUAAUGCUUCCGUAGCAUCAACAUUACCUCCAAAAUAUCCUUACCAAUCUCAACCCUCAGUACAAAAUCAAAGUGUAAAGUCAUCUGCACAAACCAUACAACGAACAUAUACACCACAACCAAAAAUAACCUAUGAUAUCCAUUUGCCGCGCGUGUCCUCGAUAAGAGCAGAUGUCUACGUUCCAAUAAGAAGGCAAACGGAUAGUCGUCGUUCAGCGAAUGAAGUGAUUGAUGAUGUACUUGAAAAUGAACAUCAACUUCAUCGAUCUUCCCUCGACGGUACAACAAAUCGUUUUUCAUCCCAUUCUUCAGCAUUACCAUCUUAUGGCACAAUACGUUAUCCGAGUUAUAAUAAUAAUAAUAAUAAUAGUUUCAAUUAUACCAAUCCAUCCACAACGACUACACAAAACACUCCCCAUUAUACAACCUAUUACGUAUCGGGUGCAUCAAUGACAACCUCAAUGAGAAACGGUGAAAAUAAAAAUCCAACAUCACUACCAUCAACCACGCCGACAAACUUAUCGGAAAUGCAAGGUUUGAGUAAAUCACAACAAUCUAUUUUAGACGAAACAGAUAAAUUAGUAAGAGAUUCCCAACAAUUUCAUACAGAAUCGGCUUCUCAAUUCGAGCAUGCAAGAGAAACCCUAUUAUCAAGUAGUGCAAUGGAUAUGAAAAUAAAACGAAAUAAAAAAUGGGAUAUGAUGGCUAAAAAGCAUCCACAACAGAAUAAAAUUGAAGCCUCCAUUCGUUUGGCACGUGCGAACCGCAUAUCACCCAGUAACCACCGAACAUAUUUGCCUCAUGACAUUACUUUGGCCGAAUUAUUUAAAUAUGAAGAAUCAUUAGCGAAGGAAGCGAUACGAUUGAUACCCUCUGAUACCACCAGCCAUACAAAUUCCAACUUUUCAUCAUCUAUGAUACCAUCAAAUCAUUAUCAUCAUACGACGUCAAACAGAACUACAAUAGAGAAUCCCACAUCAUCCACAAGAAAUUAUCAUCGUUCUUUAAUUAAUCAACCUUUAAAGUCAACAGAAUCCUAG